AUGUUCUGGGGUCCACGAGACUAUGAAAGCAUUCGAUCUUGGAUUCCUGAUGGGGACGCGGAUUUGCAACGAGCAUGGCUCCACGAUUACUCACGAGCAGUUGAAUGGAUGCGACAGGUUGGUGUCCCGGUUUCUGAAAGAUUCAGUCCCAUUAUGACAAUUGGAGUUGGAUACCCCAUCAAGAUCCCGUAUCUUCACGAUCUGCACAGGAAACGUAUUGAGAUGAGCAAGAAUGGUUCGAAAGUUCAGUUGAACACACAGGUAUUGAGACUGCUUCAGGAAUUUCCUGGCCUUCCUGGAUCUCGUGUCAUCGGUGCAAUUCUCAGGUGUGCUCCUUCCUCAGAAGGUGCCCCUCAGACUUACAUUGAAGUAACAGCGAAGAAUGUCAUUCUUGCGACUGGCGGCUUCCAGGGCUCUUCUGAAAUGAGGUCAAGAUAUAUUGGCUCUGGGACGGACACCAUCUUCGUUCGGUCAAACAAAGGUUCCGUUGGAGAUGGCUUGACGAUUGCAUCCCAGGUUGGGGCGGGAACGAGUCGUGGAAUGGGCACUUUCUAUGGACACUUACUUGCAGCGCCACUUCGCAGAGAAGACGUUGACCCAGAAGACUUUCUCUCGUUGGCGCAGUACCAAAGCAAGCACUGCCUUCUUCUCAACGAAGCAGGGAAGCGGUUUGUUGACGAGUCGCUUGGCGAUGAAAUUGUGAAUCAACACCUCGCUAGACAGGAGAACCGUCGUGGGUUCCUUCUCUUUGACGAUAAAACCAGACGUGACCAUUGUCUCACUGCGCUCUUUCCCAAUGCUGGGGAUAUCGAUCGACUGGAGUUGGCACGAUCUCGGGGGUGUAAUGUUGCAAGCGCAUCGACCAUAGAAGGACUUGUCAGCCUACUAGAAGGCCUCGGUAUUGAUGGAGCUCAGACGCAUCGCACGAUCAAGCAGUAUCACCAAGCGGUCGUCCGAGGAGAAGCUGAUAUCUCGCUGGCACCACAAGUCGGCCGCGGAGGCACGGCCCCGGCCAGUCUUAUUGGAGGUCAAGCACCGUUCUUUGCCAUGGAAGUCCAGCCAUCCAUAACCUUUACCUACGGAGGCAUCAGAAUCGAUGAAAAAGGGCAUGCACUGACUCCUGACAACAUCGUCAUACCUGGCCUAUUGGCCGCUGGUGUUGAUGCAGGAGGGUUCAGCAACGUAGGGUAUGCUGGUGGCUUAGCUCUCGCAUUUGUUACGGGAUUUUGGGCUGCAAGGGAAGUUUCCAGAGAUAUGGGACUGCCAGAGCUUAGCCUACCAGAGGUUAAUCCCCAGGACAGCGAUCUAGUGGUGACGAGUCAUUUGUGA